AUGUCUCGACCCGAAAUCGUCAUGCAGACUCCGGCUGCAAAAAAACUAGAGGCCGAAGUCCAGCGGAAGCUGGCCGAAUACUCCUACUCGACCGCCGACGAUGUCGUCAUGGCCGAGUAUGUUGUCGUCAUGCUGGCCAAUGCUAAAACCCCCGAGCAAAUCACUGCUGAACUCUCCGAGCUGAUCGGCGAAGAUAUGUAUGAUCCAGCCUUCACAACAUGGCUCUUUGAGGAAGUCGCUCGCCAGUACGGGAUGCCUCAAACCACCUCAAACCCACCACUCUCACCCUCCGACACACAAGAUAAACUGUUCACAGCCAACGACAACAACAACAAUAGCAAUGAUAAUCAUAAUAAUAACUCAAACAACGACGCUGGUGACAAGAUCCAGACCGUCAACGACUCACGCGACCAUCAGAUGAACUACAACCGUGGUGGCCCGAUCAAACGAGCCGUCCAUCCCACCAACUCAAACAGGCCCAUCACUCACCCUAACCCCAGAUCCAACCAACCCGGUGGCGUCUUCAACCAGGCUGUCACCGGUAUCAAGCGCUCCGGGACAAAUGAUAUCAUCAGGGACACCCCUCCUCAUCGUCGACUCAGACAGGAUGACUAUCCCUCCGGACCCCUCCCAAACGGGCCCCGCUCAUCAGACCGAAACCCGAGAGACCAACAUUGGUCGAAUGGGAUGAUGUCCGAUCGGCGCGAUCUGCCUAACGGUCAGCGCCCCCCUAGCAACUUUCCAAUUGGACACCCAAUGGGUGCCGACUCUGCCGCCAAGAGUAUCUUGGAGCGUGUAGGCGUCUCAGUCAACCCAAACCACCCCUUCCAGAACCCUGGUUUCCCGCGUGGAUACGACCAGCAAAUGCCACCUUCCUUCCGGCGUCCCAACGAUAUAGGCCACAACAACGGAACUGCGCCAUCACAACAACAGAUGUUCUAUGGUUCACCCUCUUCAUACCCCCUCCCAAUCUUGCCCUCCCAUCCUUUUUCACAACAGCACUUUCACCCACACAACUCGCCAAACGGGCCAACCCCUCAACUCUUCCUGGCCAACGGACAGCCAUACAUACCAUCCCACCCGUUCCAGAUCCCAGGCUCGGGCCCCAACCCCAUCAAUCCCUAUCCAUUCAUCCAGCAUCCCUCACCCACCAACCAAUCCAAGAAGAGUAACCCCUCGGCUAUCCAAUCCCCCGCUACCAACUCCAACUCUAAAGCUAAGAACCAACAACAGCAGCAGCACCCACAUCAGCAAUCGCUCGAGAACCGUGUCGGCCUGCCCGCUCAACAGGCCGAACCCGCGUUGGCUCCUCUGCCCUCAGUCCCCUUGCUCCGCGAAGAAUGCAAGUACAACCUUGCCUGCAAAAACGCUUGGUGCCCUAGCUCCCACUGUUCCCCGAAAGGUCACCCUAAGAGCUCAAUGUUACUGAGCUUCUUUCCCUGCGAACUGCAACUCAAAUGCACCGAUCCAGAAUGUUUGAAGGCCCAUGUCUCGCCCCAACAAGCGGACCCGAAGUCGUCGAUCAAACCCGGCUCAAUGUCUUCCAAGCCGGGCGCCCAAUCAGGCCUGUCGAUGGGCCCGGGCGGCAGGGGCCAAGCCGGGACGCCCAACGGAAAGUCGAUCCCCUGCCGGUUCGGCAGCCAGUGCACUCGCUCAGACUGUGUGUUCACCCACCCUUGGAUCGUCAACGGCGGCCUCGAUCGCUCAGCCGGAGACGAAAGCUCUGGCAUGAAGAACGCGUUUAUCCCAGCCAGUGUGCCCUGCAAGUUCGGUCUCCAAUGCACUCGUCCCGACUGCUUCUACCAACAUCCAUCCUCGCAUCGGGGCCCGUCGAAAAACAUCUCCAAGUCGUUCAUCAACAACCAUUCCUCCGCGAAGCCCGCUGGGGCCGCCGAGCCACCAACAGUGACCGGAUUAGCGAGCACGGAGAAGUUGAGUCCGUCGAAAAAGUUCAGCGCGCCCGUCGUCGACGCCCCUACCAAUGGCACCGCCGCCCAUCAUCAACCCGACACUGCCCCCGGAGAACAAGGCGACGAGAAGCUGGCGAAUGGCGCCGCUUCCAGCCCUAAGCCUAGCGACCUCCCACCUGCCAUUGUCCCCUCUGAUGAUACGGUCGGCGGAUCGGCUAACCCCACAAACGCUGUUGCGCCUUCUUCCGUCAUCCAACCUAACCCUUCCACCCCCAUUCCCGCCUGA